UUUGAAAAUCGCUACUGCAGUGUUUCAGGAAGUUACAAACGUGGAAAUGCUUUAGCUUUUUUUUCUAGCAAUCAACACGUCUUUUUCUUUUAUUUGAGAGUUGAACUUGCAGAUAUGGCUGUGGAUUGGCUUGGUUAUGGUUAUGCAGCUCUAAUAACGAUAGGAGGGAUUUUCGGUUAUGUUAAAGCAGGUAGUUUUAUCUCUCUGGUUGCUGGGCUGAUAUUUGGUGUUGCAGCAUUUGUUGGUGCUUAUCAGAUGUCAAAGAAUGACAAAGAUAUCUGGGUUUCACUGGGCACCUCUGGAUUACUAACUGCUCUAAUGGGAGUGAGAUUUUUGAGUUCAUGGAAGAUUAUGCCAGCUGGACUCAUGGCAGGAGCGAGUUUGUUGAUUUUCCUGAGGAUCGGUGUGAAAGUGCUAAAAAAUUCACAAAAGAAGAAAAGAUGACACCGUUCACAAAUUCUACUCGCAGAUCACAGAUAUACUGACAUAGUUUCAUUAGACGUUUUAUACGAGAUGCAUGAAAAUGACAAUAAAAUUCAGUUUGGAGUCAUAUGGAAGUGCCUUGAUGAACAAAAUAAAGCAAAUAAAAUGUAUUACCUGUAUCGUGUUUCAAAUAUUUGUUGAUGUAUGUGCAUUUACCCAUUAAAGUUCACAUUCUCCUCAA